CGGGGCGGCGGCGGCGGCCGGAGUCGCCAUGGGGCCGCGCGGGGCGGCGCGGCUGGCGCUGGCGGCGGCGGUGGCGGCGGUGGCGGCGGCGGUGGCGGCACUGGGGCCGCGGGACCGGGUACCCCGCGGCGGGGGGCUGGCGGCGGCGGCGGGCGGCGAGGCCUGCGGGAGCCUGCGCGGCGUCCCGGCCGCCCUCGGUAACAACACGCACCAGUGCGUCUUCGACGACCUCAGCGGCUCCGUGUCACUCUCCUGGGUGGGCGACAGCACGGGGGUCAUCCUUGUCCUGACGACGUUCCAGGUGCCGCUGGUCAUCAUGAGCUUCGGGCAGUCCAAGCUCUACCGCAGCGAGGACUAUGGGAAAACCUUCAAGGAUAUCACCAGCCUCAUCAACAACACCUUCAUCCGGACUGAGUUUGGCAUGGCCAUCGGCCCGGAGAACUCGGGGAAGGUCAUCCUGACAGGCGACAUCUCCGGCAGCAGCCGCGGCGGCAGGAUCUUCCGCUCAUCCGAUUUUGCCAAGAACUUCGUCCAGACGGAUCUGCCCUUCCAUCCCCUGGUGCAGAUCACCUACCACCCCCAAAACUCGGACUGCCUGCUGGCCCUCAGCACCGAGAACGGCCUCUGGGUCUCCAAGGAUUUCGGAGAGAAGUGGGAGGAGAUCCACAAAGCCGUCUGCCUGGCCAAGUGGGGCGCGAACGACACCAUCUUCUUCACCACCUACCUGAACAACUCCUGCAAAGCUGAUCUGGGGUUACUGGAGCUAAAGAAAACCUCCGACUUCGGCAAAACCUUCAAGGUCAUCGGCACCAAGAUUUAUUCCUUCGGGCUGGGAGGACGCUUUCUUUUUGCCUCCGUCAUGACAGAGAAGGGUACCACGAGGCGCAUUCACGUCUCCCUCGACCAAGGCGAGACGUGGAACAUGGCCCAGCUCCCCUCCGUCGGGCACGAGCAGUUUUACUCCAUCCUGGCCGCUAACGACGACCUGGUGUUCAUGCACGUGGAUGAGCCGGGUGACACGGGUUUUGGCACCAUCUACACCUCUGACGACCGCGGCAUCGUCUACUCCAAGUCCUUGGAGCGGCACCUCUACACCACCACCGGCGGGGAGACCGACUUCACCAACGUCACCUCGCUGCGGGGCAUCUACAUCACCAGCGUCCUCUCCGAAGACAACUCCAUCCAGUCUGUGAUCACUUUUGACCGCGGUGGGGAGUGGGUGCCGCUGCGGAAGCCCAAAAACACCACCUGUGACUCCACGGCCAGGAGCAAGGAAGAGUGCAGCCUCCACAUCCACGCCUCCUACAGCAUCUCCCAGAAGCUGAACGUCCCCAUGGCUCCCCUCUCCGAACCCAAUGCUGUCGGCAUCGUCAUCGCCCACGGGAGCGUGGGGGGAGCCAUCUCGGUGAUGAGCCCCGACGUCUACAUCUCGGACGACGGGGGCUACACCUGGGCGCGGAUGCUGGAGGGGCCGCACCAUUAUGCCAUCCUGGACUCGGGCGGUCUCAUCGUCGCCAUCGAGCACACCAGCCAGCCCGUCAACGUCAUCGAGUUCUCGACAGAUGAAGGGCAGUGCUGGUACAAGUACGCUUUCUCCAAGGACCCCAUCUUCUUCACCGGCCUGGCGUCCGAGCCGGGGGCUCGCUCCAUGAACGUCAGCAUCUGGGGCUUCCGGGGGAACUUCCUCUCCCGCAAGUGGGUCUCCUACACCAUCGACUUCAGCGAGCUGCUCAGCAGGACCUGCGAGGACAAGGACUACACCAUCUGGCUGGCGCACUCCAGCGAUCCCAGUGACCCCAGUGACGGCUGCAUACUGGGCUACAAGGAGCAAUACCGACGUCUCCGCAAGUCCUCUGUGUGCCAGAACGGCCGGGACUACAUGGUGACCAAGCAGCCGUCCGUCUGUCCCUGCACGCUGGAGGAUUUCCUCUGCGAUUUUGGCUACUACCGCCCGGAGAACCAGUCCGUCUGCGUGGAGCAGCCGGAGCUGAAGGGACACGACCUGGAGUUCUGCCUCUACGGCAGGCAGGAGCUGCUCAAGACCAGCGGGUAUCGGAAAAUCCCCGGGGACAAGUGUUCGGGAGGGGAGAGCCCGAGCCGGAAGGAGACGGACAUGAAGAAGAAAUGCACCAGCAACUUCCUCAACCCCAGCCAGCUGGUAGCGUCCACCAGCUCCACCCCCAUCAUCCUGGCCGUGGUGGCCGUGCUGCUCGUCACCGCCGUGGCCGGAGUCCUCCUCAUCAAGAAAUACGUCUGCGGGGGCAGGUUCCUGGUCCAUCGCUACUCCGUCCUCCGGCAGCACGCCGAGGCCAACGGCGUGGAGGGGAUGGAUGCGCUGGACCCCGGCACCCCGGCCGGCAAGGGCGGGUACCACGAUGACUCCGAUGAGGACCUCCUGGAGUAGCAGCAGAGCGGGGCCGACGCCGGGGAUGCCGCCACACUGCCCGCACCCCCCCGCCGCACAGGCAGGGACCCCCCGUACAGGCAGGGACCCCCUGCUUUGCUGCUGGGGCUGGGGGGGGGACACACGCAGGGGUUUAACUUAACUCCACUUUAAUAUUUCCUUCCAGCGCGGACGGGGGGGGGACGGCUUUUAUGGUUUUUUAUUUUUCCCUUUUCUGGGCUGUUUUAUUUUAAGGAUGACAGAGUAGGAACCGCCGUCCCCCAGGGGUGAGCAGCCCCCCGACCCCCCCUCUAACAGCCGUGUCAUCCCCAGGGUGCUGGGGAUGAGCCCCAAGGUGUGACGGCGGCCGGGGGGCGAGGUGGGGGCAGCAGCCAGGCUGGCCUGCAGCUCCUGGCUGCCUUCUCCAAAGCAAUACGAGCCGGGCUGCCUGUGCUCCUGCCAGCCCCUCCCCCACGCCCCCCCAGCUUUGGGGGGGCUCCCCAUGGCCAUGGGGUGACGACCCGGCUCUGGCCCCCCCCCCCGGGCUGGCCUUGGCCGAGGGAAACGCAGCAAUAAUGUACUAAAGCUUGAAGCUCUUCACCGAGCGGCUGGUGGGGGCUCAGCCCCCGGCCCCCCCAAGCCGGCAGCGGUGCAGGCAGGGCGCAGGCAGGAGGGCGGGGGGCUGAGAGCAGCCCCCUACCCCAAGCGUGGGGGUCAGUCCUUUGCCUGGCCCCAGCGCUGUGGGCUGGCAGCCCACCCCAGCCCCCCCCCCAGCUUGCACCCUGCCAGGUUUUGGUCCCAGCACUGUUUGAGUCUCCAUACACUGGAAAGCCCCUUUUAUUUUGGGGAGGGGGGGAGAGCUGCACCCCACAACAACCUCCCCCUCAGCCAGGGUGCGGGGGCUUUGCCUGACCCCCCCCACCUGCAUCGUGGGGUGCAGGGGGAGGGGGGUGCAGCAGGGUGGGGAGUUGCAGACCCCCCCCCUCCCCACUAUGCAACCCACCGCCGCUCUCGCGAUAGGGCCGUGCUGUCGUGACACAUGGCUUCCGCUCUCGCCCCAGUGACGGGGCCAAGCCUGCCGCCCCCCCCCCCCGGCACCGGCCCACCGAGCGCCGGCGGGACGGGGGGGCCGUGGCCCCAGCACCUCCUGCAUGUGCUUCAGCGUCCCCGUGGGCCUCGCCUGGGGACGGGGACGGAGCGUAACCCCCUAACUAAAAGCCAUAGCCCUGCGCCCCCCCCCCGCCCCCCCCGGCCCGGCUGGGGGGGACACACCGAGGCCUGUGCAGAGUCCUGUAAAUAAACCUGGAUGUGUUAUAACUUUGUACUGGUAUUUUUCUGUAUAUUUGCAAUAUUUGGGUUAUUAGAAAUAAAACCAAAACGGA